GCCGCCGCCGCCGCCGCAGAGGGAGAAGUAUCUUUUUAUUGACAAGAAACAAGAUUCUUCCUGUUUCAUGAAGAAGAUGAAAACAACUGGGUUACUGUUAAAAAACAUUCAAGCAAACACCAUAGACCAAUGAGUAGAAUCAAUAAGAACGUGAUCUUGGCCCUGUUAACACUGACAAGCUCUGCAUUCCUGCUGUUUCAGCUGUACUACUACAAGUACUAUUUGUCAGCAAGGAAUGGAACAGGUUCAUCAAAAUCCAAAGGAAACCGAAUUGGAUUUGAUAGCACACAAUGGCGUGCAGUUAAGAAAUUUAUUAUGCUGACAUCCAGCCAAAAUGUGCCAGUGUUCCUUAUUGACCCUUGGAUUCUGGAAUCAAUUAAUAAAAACAUCGAACAAGUGAAAAAUACUUCUCAAGGGUCUGCUUCAGAAUGCAAAUUUUUUUGUGUUCCAAGAGACUUCACUGUAUUUGCACUGCAAUAUCACCUAUGGAAGAAUGAGGACGGCUGGUUUCGGAUAGCUGAGAAUAUAGGAUUUCAGUGCCUAAAGAUUGAAAGCAAAGAUCCUCGGCUAGAUGGAAUAGACUCGCUCUCCGGAACUGAAAUCCCUCUGCACUAUGUCUGCAAGCUGGCCGCUCAUGCUAUCCACUUGGUGGUCUUUCAUGAGAGGAGCGGCAACUACCUCUGGCAUGGUCACCUACGACUCAAAGGACACAUGGACAGGAAGUUUGUUCCUUUUCGAAAAUUACAGUUUGGUCGCUACCCCGGAGCUUUUGACAGGCCAGAGUUACAGCAAGUUACUGUUGAUGGACUAGAGAUGCUUAUUCCAAAAGACCCAGGGCGCUUUCUAGAAGAAGUGCCGCACUCCAGAUUUAUCGAGUGCAGGUAUAAAGAAGCUCGGGCAUUCCUUCAGCAGUACCUUGAUGAUAACACUGUGGAUGCUAUGGCCUUUCGGAAGAGGGCAAAGGAAUUACUGCAACUAGCAGCCAAAACGUUAAAGGAAUUGGGAGUGCCCUUCUGGUUGAGCAGUGGGACUUGUCUAGGAUGGUAUCGGCAGUGCAGUAUUAUUCCUUAUAGUAAAGAUGUCGACCUAGGAAUUUUUAUACAAGAUUACAAACCUGAUAUUAUUUUGGCAUUUCAGGAUGCAGGACUUCCACUCAAACAUAAGUUCGGGAAGGUGGAAGACAGCUUGGAAUUAUCCUUCCAGGGAAAAGAUGAUGUAAAACUUGAUAUUUUUUUCUUCUAUGAAGAGACUGACCAUAUGUGGAAUGGAGGCACUCAGGCCAGAACAGGAAAGAAGUUUAAGUACCUGUUUCCCAAGUUUACACUGUGCUGGACCGAGUUUGUAGACAUGAAAGUCCAUGUGCCCUGUGAAACAGUUGAGUACAUUGAAGCCAACUAUGGUAAGACCUGGAAGAUUCCUGUCAAGACAUGGGACUGGAAGAGCUCGCCCCCUAACGUGCAGCCCAAUGGGAUCUGGCCUAUUUCUGAGUGGGACGAGGUUAUCCAGUUGUACUGAGAAUACUAAGUUAAGGUUGGAUAUUCCCGAAAAGAAGUGGGGAACCGUUCAAAGUGCUACUGUCUUUUUGCCUUGUGUGAGCCAAAGAAGAGAAAUGGCAAGUGUGAAGACAGAAAAUGUUCUAACUCAUGAGCCAUCGAAUUAGUUCUGUCAUUUAGCAUUACUGUGGAGUUUAUACAGCAAGUAAAUACUAGGUUCUGGUGAACAGGCAGAGAUGAAUGAACAGGUGCCUGCCUCUCUGUUGUCCUGUUGGUAAACACUACUAUUUUCUUUUGAGGGAAACUUACUCACCCUCUGAAGAGCUGAGGUACAAUAUGAUGAUGUAUUCUGUAAUGAUUUUUAAAAUGUUUAUACUGAAAAGUGAGCUCAUCAGACAAAGCUAAGAAAAGAUACAUUAGUUACAAAUAAUCUAUUCCUGCCUGUCCUUGAGAUUUAAGGUGCUAUAUUAGGACCACUUUUAAGAUAGUGGAAUAUGAGUUAAUAUUUCAGUGAGUGAUUAGACUUUAUGUGUCAUAGAAAAAAAGAUAGUGACAGACUCAUUUUACAAGCAAUACAAUACACAGUUGGCUUCAAGCACAGGGUGUUAUAUAAAGGAAGAUGAGAGCCCAUUUCAGGUCUUGUUAAGACAUUUAUUAUUUUCUUAUUUAAACUGAAAAAUUGAUGCUUCUGUGAUGCUUAAAUGUCUGAUGUCAUAGGAAUAUCUUCACUGACCUGCAGUAGUAUUCAGUCAUGCUAUCCAAAAGUUAUGAUUUCCCAAACUUAACUUUUCUUAUUUAAUUCUCAAUCACUGUUAGCUUCUAAAAUGGGAGUUAUUCAUGGGUGUUUUCAUAUUUUCUGAGUGUAUAACUCUUGUAACCUUAACUUUAAUGUUGGCUGAGUUUUUUUUUAAUAUGCCUUUUAUUUAUAAACUCUAGCUUCAAUUCUUUAAUUUAUGGCCUACAUACUAAUUUAUUUAGCAUGAAGAUGUGAUUGUUCUUCUAUUUCAAUAUUACUUCAGGUUUCCAAAAUGGAGGGCUAAUGUGAACCUGGCACUAUUCCUCAUUCCAGAUCACUGUUUUUAAAACCUGCGUCCACCUCUAGAUUUUCAUUUUGCUGAGUGUAAUAGGGCAAGGACUCUGACUUCCUCCUGCCAAUUACUACACAUGUUAGACUGCUUGACUUCCUUUUUCUUCUCAAAAUCACUCAUGUGAGUUGGCUGGGGCAGCUGUGGCCCAUCUCUUUACCUGCACUUAAGCAGUGCACUCUAGGUGAGAGAUGCUGUCUUUUCCUUGCCUGGGAAAGGAGGUUCUCUACUCCCUGCUGCUUAGAGAUGCACCUCGUGGCAGCCUGUCAGAUUUUCCUUUGAACCUGUAAAUACUAAAAUGGAGACCAGAAUAUCUGAGGGAAUGGGCUGGCAGAAAUAAAAAAUAAAACCUUGGAGGUUAGGGAGAUGGCUUAGAAGUUAAGAACACCGGCUGUUCUUCCAAAGGUCCUGAGUUCAAUUCCCAGCAACCACAUGGAGGCUCACAACCAUCUAUAGUGAGAUCCGGUGUCCUCUUCUGGUGUGCUAUAGAAAUAAUAAAUAAAUAAAUCUAAAAACAAAUAAAUAAAUAAAACCUUAGAGGAGGUAACCUGAAGCCACCCACUUCUAAAUUUUAAAAUCAACACAACUCUUUGUUGGGGGGCUCUCAACAGCCUGUUAGGAUAAAUCCUCAAUGUAGGAAUAUCAAGUCUUGAGGAAGGUAGCAUGCCCGAGUGCUUUAAGGCUCUGGAUUAAGGAAUAUCAAGUCUCUCAUAAUAAAUCAAGUCUCAAUCAUAAUCAGAUUUUCAGGAACCUUUAUAAUUGUUAAGAAACUUUUACUGAGAUGACAGAUCAUAUCAGUUUUUCCUAGAAACUCAGUCCAUAGAAAAUGUGCUCAAGUUUUGUAGCCAACCCUAAUUUCAUUUUUAUACGCCAAAAAUAUAGCAGAUAAUAGUGUUCCUGAGGACAGACCCACCAUACCUGGAGAGGACCAUUUGCUUGUACCCAGUAUCAAAAGCAAGCACAUUUCCAUCACAUUCUUGAGAGUUCCCACCUUCUGCCAGGAGGUCUUACCUCCACUGUUCAAGUUAUUUCUCUUUUAUCCAUCUUUGGACAAGCUGUGGACAAAGGUUCUAUACUCUUCUCUAAGUAGAGGAUGGAUAAACUUCUUGUCUUCCCUCAGGAUUGGCUUUAGCUUUUAGGUUCUACCUGACCUUGGAGAAAAGGAAAGCCUUUCCCCAGAAUGUGUAGGUAAGGGUCACCUCUGAAGAUGAUCCCAUGAUUCAGUCAUACUGAAGCCUUAACCUUUGAACUCUGCUGAGUGUCCAGAGACCCUGGACAGGUGCCUACCACCUGUACAAAUGUACAGCUCACUUUUCUUUCCUCCUUGAAUAUAUCCACUGUCAUUCUCCUAAUAUGACUACUUUCUGGUUUGCUUGAAGAUACCAUUUAUAUUAACUUGUUGAUAGUUCAUGUUGCUGAGGAUAUUUUCAGAGAGACCCCAAGAAGCCAGCACUUUCUUGGUUUACAACAGCCAGCUACAUCUCUAAGCCUAGAGUACAUGCCCUGCUCUGUUGCGGGUAUUGACAUUGGCCACUGAGAUAAAAAAUAGUACUAAAACUGGGCAUCCCUAAGCGGAGAGCAGGCUCCCAGGUUCUCCAGCUUAGUAAAACAUUCCUUCUAACCCUCAUUUCUCCCCUACUGAUUAACCCAGGCAGAAGUGGGCUGAGCAAAACAGCUAAGGCUGAGGCCCAAGCACUCUGUGACUUCUGACUGCAGUCCUGAGAUUAGUUCUUUCUACAGCCUCCAUGACACUUCAGUGCUGGAGCGGGCUCUCCAGUGGCACGGGCGGCCAGUGUGCCUGUCAUGCCCCACAGAAGGCCUGAGGUGACAGAAGAUGUUGACAGGAGUCUCAGGCUGCCUUUUUACUUAUAUCUGGAGGGCGGGGGAACCUUGCCUACAAAAAGUAGAACAGUAUAUGUCUGAAGACAUGAGUCUGUUAUUCCUAGGAUAUUUAGCAAGUACACAUGAAAUGCACUGUUUUCUGGUGUAUGGUUUCUCUGUAAUUGUUUAAAUAGGACACAGAAAUUGUAGGUGAGGACACAGUACUCCAAAGGUCACGUGACAGAGUUGCUUAGGAAUAAAAUUGGAGCCAGGCAUGGUGGUACACACCUGUAAUCCCAGCACUCAGGGAGGCAAGAGGCAGGUGGAUCUCUGAGUUUGAGGCCAGCCUGCUCUACAAUUCAAGCCCAGGAUGGCCAAGGCUAUACAGAAAAACCCAGUCUCAAAAAAUAAAUAAAUAAAAAAGAAAGAAAAAGAAAGGAAAUAAAGUUGGGGGUGGGCACUGGCGAGAUGGCUUAGUGGGUAAAAGCAUUUGUCAUUAAAUCUGAUAACUAAAGUUUGACCCCCAGGCCCCGUACAUUGUAAGGAGAAAACCGACUUCUACAAAUUGCCUGUGACACUACACCCAGGCUCUGCUAUGCAGCCUCUCUAGCACGUGUGCAGACACACACACACAUAAAUGCACACAAAGUGUGUGAAAAGGUUUUUUUUUUUUUUUAUCUAAGCAUUACAGGUCAAAUUAUAUGGUUUAUGAAUUCAGAGUCCUUGCCAUAUUGCCUCCACCUAUAAACAAAGCUGUGUUUUUAUUUAGUGGACCAAGUUGCUGUCUUCUAAUAUUAUCCCAUGUACUAAUGUCUCCUCUUAAGCCGAGUCAGUUUACUCUUAAGUUUUGUGCGUGGUCUGAUAUGAACUUGUUGCUCAGUAUUCUAGCUUUGGGCAGCAAACAUCACCAUAGAUAAUGAUUUGCAGAACCAAAGAUUUUGAAAUGCUUAGUUUUAGUUAACUGCCUACUCUGUAUAGAAAUGUGGGUCAUGGGUUAGUGGUAGUCUAAUUGCCCAAUUGCCCAGCAUUUGUGAGGUCUGGAUUCAGUACAAAGCACCACAAGUCUGAGGCAGAAGGAUUACCACAUGAUCAAGGCCAGCUUCAGCUAUGUAAUGAGUUCCAGCCCAUCCUGGGCUAUAGUGGAAGGCCCUGUAUUGAGGGAGGGAAAAAGAGGGGAGAGAGGGAGAGAAGCAGAGAGAAUGAGAAUAUACUCCUGUUAAUCAUUUACCCACAAAUUUAUGUUUUUAUUUAAGCUAGGCUAAAAUCAGCAGUGUGUGCAAUGCUGUUUUAAGUUCCUUCACAUUAGAGCGAAAUACUAAUUGUAGUUAAUUGUAGGCAAACAGACCAAUUCAGUGAUGAUGCCUUUUUGAAUAGAAUCAGCACGCAAGUACAAAUUUUCUGAGAAAAUUGUUUCUUUACCCUCAGAACACCUAAGCUACAAUUUGCCCCUCUAAUUCCUCGACCUAACCUAAUAUAAUUUCCAUUUAGUCAUCUAAACUUCUGUCUACUUAUGAAUAGCUUUCACAGAAGGAGAAUGUAUGGGAAAGCUUUGUCAUAUAUUAUGUCAUGCACUUUAAAAAUUAUAAGCUCUUACAGCCUUAUGACAAUUUAUUCAAAGCAUGAAAGCUAUUUCAUGAGUGUUAAAUACAAAUCAUGCGUAGCUCUGUCAACUUGUGACAUUUGACUGUAACACAUGGAUGUGAAUUUUCUAGACAAAGUUAUGUUUUAAACAUGAGAUUUCAGUAUAUGCUUACCAGUUUACUAUUUGGUUUUCUCUUCAGGUAGUAGUUUAUGGUAGUACUGAAAAUACUUUUAAGGUUAUUACUCUGAUCUGAAUUUGUAAUAUACAUUCUACUUUGGAGUGAUUAAUAAACUUUUUAAAUUUC